GGGAGUAGGAGAAAGAUCCGGGGAAAAACUUUGAAAGGGAAAAAAAGACGUUUCAGUGGCCGCCGGUUAGCUAGGAAAAGGACAGUCGGAGGUAGAAAGAGGAGGCAUAGAAGACAACUGCGUGCCUGUGUGGAUUUUUACCGCUGCCAGGAAGCCGCUGGGCACGCGCCUGCUCGGGACGGGGGAUUAUAGAUGAGCUUGACUUUAAGAUGAGGAGCGAGCCCAUUCUUUUCACUUCCAGCAGGGCAAUGGAGGAGCUGGUGUGUGAGCUUCGUCUGUUUCUGGACCUGCUGGACAGAGAAUAUCUGAGUGCUGGGGUCCGAGAGAAGAAGAUACACCUCUCCAAUAUUCUGCACAGAGUACUGUCCGACAAAGAGCCUUCAUUCAAGUCAGAGAUACACAGCGGACUGCCUGCUCCACCUCAGAUGCCACUUCCAGAGAUCCCUCACCCCUGGAUGACUCCAAAUAACGGGCCCCCUCCCCUGCCCAGCUCAUCUCUUCCAGAAGGCUACUAUGAGGAAGCGGUUCCUUUAGGUCCUGGAAAGGCUCCAGAAUACAUCACCUCCAACUAUGACUCGGAUGCCAUGAGCAGUUCCUAUGAGUCGUACGAUGAGGAAGAGGAGGAUGGGAAGAGCCAGAAGAUGCGUCACCAGUGGCCCUCUGAGGAAGCGUCCAUGGACCUCGUGAAGGACGCCCGGAUUUGUGCAUUCCUGCUGCGCAAGAAGCGCUUCGGCCAGUGGACCAAACUCCUAUGUGUCAUCAAAGACAACAAACUGCUGUGUUACAAAUCCUCCAAAGACCACACUCCCCAAAUGGAGCUGAACCUGUCAGUGUGCAGCAUCACACACAUCCCUAAAGAUGGCAAGAAAAAGAAGCACGAACUAAAGAUUGUCCACCAAGGUGCAGACGCCCUGGUGCUGGCUGUGCAGAGCAAAGAACAGGCCGAGGAGUGGCUUAAGGUGAUGAGAGAGGUGUGUGUUAAUGGGAGCAUAGAUUUGGAUGGAGUUGGAUCUGGAUCUCCAGUGCAUAAACCUGAACUGGAAAAGAAGACAUCGUGUGACAGGCCAAGCUCAGAUGGGGAAGCAACCCAUGAGAACGGUCACAGCGACUGCAAGGACCAAGGAAAAGGAAAGAAAAAUACAAAGUCGGAGCAGAAGACUGGCACUGUGGGGAAGGGAGCAAGUAAGAAAAUCACUAAGAUCAUUGGACUUGGAAAGAAGAAGCCCUCCACGGAUGAACAGACAUCAUCAGCUGAAGAAGACGUACCUACAUGUGGCUACCUGAAUGUUCUCUCUAAUAACCGCUGGAGGGAGCGCUGGUGCCGCCUCAAGGACAACCAGCUGCUCCUUCACAAGGACCGGGAUGACCUGAAAAGCCACAUAGCUUCACUGCCCCUCCGAGGCUGUGAGGUCAGCCCCGGCCUCGAUCACAAACACCCCUUUGCCUUCCGCCUCCUUCGUAACAGCCAAGAAGUGGCCGUACUGGAGGCCUCCUCCUCUGAGGAGAUGGGUCGCUGGUUGGGGGUUUUGCUAGCUGAGACUGGAUCUACCACAGACCCAGCCACCUUGCACUAUGACUACAUUGAUGUUGAGACCACUGCUAACGUCAUCCAGCUUGCCAAACAGUCCUUCUGUUUCACCAGUAAGCGUGCCGUGUCUCCUAACCCAUAUCUGGACAACCCAGUCAGUGGCUAUGCCUGCCCCACUGGUAUGGCACUACACUAUGAUGAUGUGCCCAUAAAUGGAAUGGACCCAGAGAUGCAGUACUCCACUCCCAGCACAGGGGGGCGCCAGCGGAAAGAGGAAUUGCACUAUGAAAACACUGAGCUCUAUGAGAACAUGCCCUCACCCAAGCUAGUCACCAGCUGUCCUCCCAAGCCUUCUUCUUCUACUGCUGCAUCAUCUUCUGCUUGUCACUACAAAACUCCUGUUUCUAAAAUCUCCUCUAAGUUCCUCUCUGCUGAUUCUAAAACUAAAGACUCCGCUCAGCUAAAGGGAAAGAAGGGAGCAACAACCAAUGGGGUGGCAUCAAAACAGAAGGCAGAGCCAAAGAACCAGCCAAAGAAGAAUGGAGUCAUUGCCACAAAUGGGACUGCGUCUCUGAGGCGCAACAACUCCAAUGGGGACCAGUGUAAGUAUGGGAAGAACCGUGUGGAGGCUGAUGCCAAGCGACUGCAAGCAAAGGAGGAAGAGAUGAUGAAGAAGAAGCAGGAAAUCAGAAACCACCUGACCCAGCUGAAGAAGGAGAGGAGAGACCUUCGUGCUGCUGUGGAGGCAGCGGCUGGCAAACGCUCACAUAUUUCACUAUCAGAGCGCCUGAAGAAGUUGGAAGAAGAGUGCAAACUGAAGGAGGAGGAGCGGGUGAACCUGGAGCUGGAGCUAACUGAGGUGAAAGAGAGCCUGAAGAAAGCCCUUAGCGGAGGUGUCACCCUGGGCCUCACCAUCGAGCCGAAAGCUGGCUCCUCUGGCCUCCAGUCACCAGCAAUGCUGCGACGGACACACGAGUCUUCUCCAUUCUCCAGCUGUGACACCAGUGACACCGAGUCCUGCUCGCUGCCGGUCAACAGCGCCUCACUGCUCUACCGGCAGCAGGGCAACCAGAAGCCCUCAGCAGUCCGGGGACAUGUCCUCAGGAAGGCUAAGGAAUGGGAACAGAAGACCGGCACAUAAACCCAUCACAUACACCCUUGCAUCAGUCUUCCUCCAAUCUCUUUUUUUGAAAUUGUGUAUAUAUUUAUUUAAAAAACAAAAAACAAAACCUGUUCAUACCGUCAGAAGGUGUGCUGAGGAGGAUACAUGCAUAGCAUUCACAUGUACUAAAACACAUGCCUAGUUUGAGUAUACGGUAAGUACCACAACAUAAACUUUUAUACUAUUGAGCAUGUUCAGUGUACUUGGUUGUGCAACUUGUGUUUUCCGCUUUGACAUCUUUUCAAGCAAACACCUGUCUUUAUUUUUCCUCUCAAAAUGUGUUCCAGCCAUUUGAAGUUAAAAAGGUCCAAGGUCAAAACCAAGUAUUUAUUUGUAAAUGUUAAAGGAAAUACUAGCUUCCCUGUGUUUAUUUAUGUUGACGUAUUUAAAGUAUUUUCGUAGAGUCUGUGGCUUUGCUCACACUCCAUUUUCCCACAACAUAAUUGGUCAUCAGUCAUGAUGCCUCUGUUGUAGUAACGAUAAUUGUAACACACACCAGCCUGGCAACAAUGUAGCUCCUCUCUCAUUGAUGUUUGAAGAAGUACAAAUACAAUUGUCCCAACUGUCAGAAACACCGACUCAUGGCUAGCAGAAGAUUUUGUUAAUUGUGUUAAGUGUUUUCACACACAGAUCAUGAUGAAUCACACUUGAAGUGUGUUUUAAUAUGAAUGUCCAUAUUUUAUAUCUGUGACUUUAUUGCUAUGGGUAAUCCAAUGGUAAGUUUGUGUUGGUUUGGUAAGUUCCUUGUUUAUUCUGUUUGUUUCAGCUUUUCUUUUUGCAUUAAAACAACCAUGACUGAA